UAAUUAAAGUUGGCAACAAUUGACAUUAUCUGUCAAACACGUGUUUUAUAGGUUAUGUUUUAUUUGGCCGUCAAAAAUUAAAGAUGUCUCAAAUUUUUGAUGAUUCUGACGCUUCUGACGACGAUAAAGGCUUUAAAGUUAAUAAUGAAUACGCUAAAAAUUAUAAUAAUUGGAGACAAAAAGAGGAAUUAAAUAAACUAAAGACGAAAUAUGGAGAAUCUGCUUUAGAAUUAUCAGAUGAAGAAAAUUCAAGCAGUUCAGAUGAAGAUGAAGAUGGUGCAUUAUUAACAGAAGAAUUUGAGAAAGAUUUUUAUGCAACAUUGGCGAGCUUAAAAAAGAAAGAUCCAAAAAUAUAUGAUGGAAAUAUAAAGUUUUUCAAAGAAUUACCAGAAGGGUCUAAACCUAAAUUUAAAAAAGCUAAAGAUGAACCAAUGUUUAUUAAAGAUUAUGAACGUAAAUUGUUAUUAGAGAAAGGUGGGAAUUUAAGUGAUGAUGAAGAUGAAAAUGCAAAAAACAGAAAAUCACCAACUUACAUAGAAGAACAAAAAAAAUUAAUUGAUGAUUUAAAGAAGGGUCUUAAAAAUGUAGAUGAAGAUGAUGAUGAUACUUUUAAGGUGCGAGAUAAAACUAAAGAUGAACUACAAAAAGAAGAUGAAGAUUAUAAACAGUGGCUUUUGGGUCAAAAAGAAGAAAUUGAUGAUCAAGAAACGCAAACAAAUUUAAAACCAUUAAAAGAUUUUUGGUCCGAUCCUAAAUUAGAUAAAAACGAAAAAUUUCUUAGAGAUUACAUUUUAAAUAAAAGAUUUUUAGAAACCGACGAUAAAAACUACAUACCGAGUUACGAAGAAAUUAUCCAUGAUUCCGAUGAAGGUUUAUCAGAGGAUGAAAAAGAAGUUGAUCGUCAAGACGAAUUCGAACAUAAAUAUAAUUAUAGAUUCGAAGAACCUGAUGAUGAAUUCAUCAAAAGGUAUCCUCGAACAAUGGAGAAUUCAGUCCGUAAAAAGGAUGACAAAAGAAAAGUUAAAAGAGCUGAGGUGAAAGAGAGAAAACAGAAAGAAAAACAACAAAAAAUGGAAGAUAUACGUAAAUUAAAAGAGUUAAAAAGGAAAGAAAUCGAAGAAAAAAUACAACAAUUAAAAGAAAUCACUGGAAAUACUGAUAUUGAUUUUAACGAUGAUGAUAUUGAUGGGGAUUUUGAUCCAGAGGCGCAUGAUAAAAGGAUGCACAAUCUUUUUAAUGAUGAAUUUUAUCAAGGUGAAGAAGGUGAGGAAAAACCUAAAUUUCCUGAACUUGAUGAAGAAUUGGAAAUUGAAAAUUGGGAUCAUUAUGAAGAAGAAAUUGGAGAUGAGGAAAAUAAUGGUCCACAUUGUGAAGAUGAUGAUUUCAUUAUGGAUUGUGAUUAUGACCCAAACGCAUCAAAAGAUCCAAAUGAAACUAAAGGAAAGAAAAAGCGUAAAAGAAAAUCAAAAUUCGCUAAAGUUGUUCAGGAAAAGAAACCGGUUUUUGAUCCGAAUGAUAAAACUUAUGAAGAAUAUCUCGAUGAAUAUUAUAAAUUGGAUUGUGAAGAUAUUAUUGGGGAUAUUCCUUGUCGAUUUAAAUAUAAAAAGGUUGUACCAAAUAGUUUUGGGCUUAGUAUAGAGGAGAUUUUAAUGGCAAAAGAUCGUGAAUUAAACAGAUGGUGUUCAUUAAAAAAAGCGGUACAAAUUCGUCCGGAUCAUGUUGAAAAAUAUGAUGUUAUUGCUUAUAAUAAAAAAGCAAGUAAUGAAGGUUUAAAACAAAAAAUUUUAUCUAGUUUGUAUCAAAAUGAAGAUAAUAGUGCAUCAGACCCAACCACAUCGUUGGCUAAAAAUAAUAAAAAGGACUCCAAAUUGAAUAAGAAAGAGGUUAAGAAUGCUAAUGUAAAUUAUGCUGAAAUAGUUGAGGAAUUAAAUAAAAUAAAUACUGAAGAACAAAAAGAGGAUGGGAAAAUUAUUGGAAACUCUCUAAAAAAAGAGCAAAAGAAAAAAAAGAAAGGUGGGAAAAAUAAAACAAAACGAGAUGAUCAAGAAAAAAAUUUAGUUGAUGCAGAAUUAAAUGUAUCUCUUAAUAGAGAAGUGAAACAAGUAGAAGAAAAUGAAAUUGUGAAGAAAGUAAAUGAAAAGAAAAUAAUUGAUCAAAAUAAAGUAAUAGAGGAAGAGAAAAAUGUACAAAAAAGUAAAGGUAAAAAGAAGAAGAGUAAAGACACGAAAACGGAAAGUAAUCAAAAUGAGGAAGUGGAAAACAAUAAAAAGAAAGGUAAAAGAAAAUAUUCCGAAACAGAUAUGAGUAAAGUUACAAAGAAUAAAGGGGCGAAAAAAAUAAAGAACGCUAAACCUGAUGGAUUUGACAUUUCAGAUUCUCGAUUGUUAGCCUUUGGUAUAAAACCAAAGAAAUUUAAGAAUAAGCUUAAAUAUGGUAAAAAGUAAUAGAAACAUGUUAAGUGUAAAAAUGUUAUUGUUCAUACAAUAAAAAUUUUAAUUAAUUCCGUUUAA